AUGGGCAUAUCAAAGUAUUGGUGGACUGCAGUCGUUCUUUCUGCUUUUUUUCUUGUGUUCAUAUCUCAUGUACACUCACAGACACUACUCUUGGGGGCAUGUCCCAAUCCCCCCAUGCAGCAGAACUUUUCAGCCCAAGAUUUUAUGGGCCGUUGGUAUGAAGUUGAACGCACUUUCGUCAUGGCCGAAGUAGGAUGGCGAUGCAUUUCUGUCGACUACAAAGAAGAAGGAGGACGAGUCCGAGUUGAAACUCAAGGUCAGGCAGUGGUAAGACGAACUAUGACUGCUGUAGCAACGUUUACUCCUAACAGUCCCGCCAGAAUUAUUUUGAGAGGAGAAGGAUCUUUACCGACUCAAAGCACGAAUUACGUCCUCUUCACGGAUUAUGAAAAUGUGGCUAUUGUGUGGUCCUGCAGAAACGCUGAACCUCCGAUUGCGAUCGAUUUUCUGCGUAACUUAACACAUACGGAGAAUUUAUGGAUUCUUUCACGCAAAAGAACUUUAGCUCCAGAAAUGAGGGAACUUGUCUACAGUUUCUUGGAUAACAAUUCAAUCAGCAGACGCAGCCUGAGGAAUGUCGCUCAGGAAAAUUGCCAAGCAACACAAAAUCCUUCUCAGUCUGCUCCUUAA